AUGGACCUGAAGAGAAAGAUUUGCCUUGAACCAACACAUGAGAAUGUGGUGGUUGAUGGCAUUUUGAGAUAUCCUGACACUGGCCUGAAAGUUCUAGUGGUGGGCGCAGGGCCAGGUGGGCUCAUGACCGCCCUUGAAUUUUGGAGAAAAGGUCAUACUGUCGAAAUUCUGGAAAAAGCAAAUGACAUAUCGCCGAUCGGUGAUGCUAUAUUCUUGAGUCCUUCUGGGGUAUGUGGACUUCAUAAAUACCCAAAACUGAUGGAAGCCUACCCCGCUAUCUCAAGGGAUAUCGUCCUUACGAUCCGUCAAUGGACUGGGGAGUGUAUUGUACCACCGUACGAAUGGGAGUGGAACAGGCACGAUGUGCCCCAGCACGUGGCGUGGCCAAUGAGAAUUCGAACAAUGGUAGAGAGGGCACCAUUUUCACUGAUGCUGUACAAACAAUGCGAGCGACUUGGCAUCAAGACUACAUUCGGUGUCAAUAUUGUGGAUUAUGUGGAAUCGACAGACGCGGAGCCAGCCACAGUAAUUAGUGAGAAUGGCAUUGAGUAUAUUGGGGACAUAGUGGUUGCUGCUGACGGGCUAGGCACCAAGUCUCACAAUGUUGUACUUGGGAAAGUCUCGCGGGCUUAUCCGACCGGAUUCCAGAUUGCCCGUGUCAUGUAUCACAUAGAUGAGACUCAUGAUGCCCCAAUGCUGAAUCAGCUCAAGGGGUCACGAUCAGAUAUGAGGAUAUACUCAGGGCGCAACUUUCAUUGCAUCGCUGCUGUAGCAGAUGAUAUUGUUGUGAUUGGUCUUACUACUCCGGACAAUGGAAUAGCAGCGGAGUCUUGGGCCCAAGGUAUCUCGGCUGAAGAGAUGCUAUCUAGACUACCCGCUCAAGAAGAUCUAGACCCUAUCCUGCCCGAGAUUAUCCGCAGUAUCCCCCACGACAAAAAGGUCGUGAGCUGGAAACUAUGUUGGCGUGAUCCUCAGUCGUCAUGGACUUCUCCAGGUGGCCGCAUUGUCCAGCUUGGUGACAGUGCUCAUGCUUUUAUUCCUUCGUCCACAAUGGGUGCGGUUGCCGCGCUUGAAGACGCCAUGUCCCUUGCAGAAUGUUUACGGCUUGCUGGUAGGGGCAACCCAACAGUCGGGACGAAGGUUCACGAGUUGCUACGUCUGCAACGUGUGGCAAUCCUGCAGCGUACUGGCUUCGCAAACAGGCGAGAAGCUCACCAGGAUACCGGAAUGGAGGGCGCUAUUAAUGACGCGAUCGACAACGAUCCUUUGCGAAUUGGCAAGUGGGUGUGGACCCAUCAUGCUGAAAAGUAUGUAAGCGAAAAGUUUGCAGAAGCCAAGGCGCAUCUCAUGAUUGGCGCACCUUUUCAGAACUCAAACAUCCCGGAGGGCUUCGUAUGGGAUAGUGAUUGGUCUAUGGAGAAGGAAUUAGAAGCUGAGAGGCAACGAAUUCCUAUGGAGAAUAUUAAACGGAAUGGAGAUUGGGGCAUUUAUUAA